AAAGAAACAGUUACUUACUCCAGAGUGUCUUAUGGAGCUUCCUUUGGUGCUGAUCAGAAGCUGUUGGAUCAACUCAAUAAAUCUCCUAAUUUCCAUCUAAAAGAAGCAGAUCUGAAUGACUGUCAGAUUAUUUUUGUGUUCUGUAUCAUCAACACUCGCAUAGAGUCAGAUGUGGAGGCUGCCAUGGAAAAAAUCCCAGAAUCAGCUGGUGAUAAACCUGUGAUUCUUGUUGUGAUGCACCACACCAGAGACAUCAACUUUACAACAACACGGAAGAAAUGGAAGGAAAAAUAUGAACGAGUUCAGCUUGAUGUUGAAGUUCUCUUUCACAGUAGUGAAGAAGGCUUACUGAGAUGUGAAAAGAACCAACAAGCUGUUGAAGAAAUAAGCAGAAAUGUUCAACAAAUAAGAAAUAAAGUAGAGCCGAAAAGAGGGAAUGAGGAGAAAGAAAAUGGAGGAGGAAAGGAGGAGAAGAAAGAGGAGGGAGGAGGAAAGGAGGAGACUAAAGAGGAUGAAGGAAGAAAGGAGGAGAAAGAGGAGGGAGAAGAGAAAGAGGAGGGAGUAGGAAAGGAGGAGAAGAAAGAGGAGGGAGGAGGAAAGGAGGAGAAGAAAGAGGAUGAAGGAAGAAAGGAGGAGAAAGAGGAGGGAGUAGGAAAGGAGGAGACGAAAGAGGAUGAAGGAAGAAAGGAGGAGAAAGAGGAGGGAGUAGGAAAGGAGGAGAAGAAAGAGGAGGGAACAGAAAAGGAGGAGACCAAAGAGGAUGAAGGAAGAAAGGAGGAGAAAGAGGAGGGAGUAGGAAAGGAGGAGAAGAAAGAGGAUGAAAGAGAAAAGGAAGAGGACAAAGAGGACAAAAGAGGAAAGGAGGAGGACGAAAAGGAGGGAGUAGGAAAAGAGGAGAAGAAAGAGGAGGGAGGUGGAAAGGAGGAGGACAAAGAGGAGGGAGGAGAAAAGGAGGAGACGAAAGAGGAUGAAGGAAGAAAGGAAGAGAAAGAGGAAGGAGGAGGAAAGGAGGAAGAAAAAGAGGAUGAAGGAAAGAAGGAGAAGAAAGAGGAUGAAAGAGAAAAGGAGGAGGACAAAGAGGACAAAAGAGGAAAGGAGGAGGACGAAAAGGAGGCAGUAGGAAAAGAGGAGAAGAAAGAGGAGGGAGGUGGAAAGGAGGAAGAGAAUGAGGAUGAAGGAGGAAAAGAGGAGAAGAAAGAGGAGGGAGGUGGAAAGGAGGAGGACAAAGAGGAGGGAGGAGGAAAAGGGCAGAAGAAAGAGGAUGAAGGAGGAAAGGAGGAGAAAAAU